AUGUUAAAAUACUUGCUAAAAAUUUCGGUGUUUUUUUCAGCCGUUUUAUCUGUACAAUGCGAAAUCCAUCCGUUCCUAGUUAUAAUAGCUGCGUUAAGGAACAAUUCGUUUUAUGAGAUCGCAGGAGGAACUUUGAUCAACAGCGAGUGGGUGUUGUGCGCGGAGAGUUGCAGGAAUCUGGACGUAGAUGGUGGUAGUUCGACGGCGAUAGGAGGUAUCGAAAAAGACAUGUCCAUCCAAACCGCUCAGAAGAGGCUGGUCAUCAUGUGGAUUACGCAUCCGGAAUACGAAGAAUCUUCAGUGAAUUUGGCUCUCCUCAAAUUGGAGUACGCUUUCGUUCUUAACGAGUAUUUAUCACCUGUCAGUAUUCUGACCAUCGAUAGGAAGAUGAAAAGCGACGGGACUUCGGAAUUGGUGCAUCCUCUCAAGAAACAAGUGAAAAGGGGUAAACGUGUGGACGUCAUCAGCGAUGAAUUAACAGUGCUUCCGCAAAAAAUAUGCGAGUCUACGUUAAAUCAAACCAUAUACAAGCACGAGUUUUGCAGCCGAUUUGAUAGGAACGACAGUAGGUUGAAUUGGAACGGACCAUUGAUGACACGUCGUCGUCAGCUUGGAGUCUUCAGUAGAAACAUCAGCCAUAGAAACGAGAUGUACUUGGUCUUCACUAGAAUAGACUCACAGGUUGAUUACUUGAUGACCAUGUGCAAGCAAGUAGGACGAUCCUCCUCUCAUCACUCUCAUUCAAAUUACUUUAUUUUAAUAUUUUUCACAUCAAAUGUUUGUGUCUUUAUGUAUAAAUAAAUUUUACUCAUACGAUUAUUUGUGAUCUGGGUCGCAAUAGACAACGAGCACAUAAGAACAGCAUCAAGGAUGCAGAGAGGACCACCUUUUUCCAUCGUAAAUGCGUUGUUGUUGUUGGACGAAUCCGACGGCAACAGACAAUAGGACUUUCCCAACUUUUCCGCAAAGAUUAAAAUUAUGUGGGUCGUAUAAGGAAAGCAAACAGAGAGGACAGCCGAUGAAAAAAGAAAAAAGAAGUCUCGUGGGAGAAAACAAAGUAUCUUUUCGAGAAGUGGAACACGCGAACUUUAAAGAAAUAUGUAUUUCGCCAAAGUCGCAAUCACGUAAUCCUUGGAUCGAUCUUUUUUUUUCUUGCUUGCCGCUAUUAAUCAACUGGAAUUCAUUACCAUAAUAGGAUUAUAAAGC